CCUGCGUAGCGCGGGGGGCGGGGCGUGCGGCGCGGCUGGGAAGCUAAGCAGGAGCGGUCGCGAUCCCAGAGGAUGUCCAGCACCCACCCCUCAGGUCACAACUGGAGCCGGAAUCCCAGUGCAGAGGAGGAAGAGGACCCCCUCGACCAGAUGAUCUCCCGCACCGGCUGCGCGGCUUUCCAUUAUGCCGUGCAGGAGUGCAUGGCCGAGCACCAGGACUGGCGCAAGUGCCAGGAGCAGGUGCAGCGCUUCAAGGAAUGCAUGAGUGCCUAUCAGAAGCGGCGGGCGGAAGAGCUGCAGAAACAGCGCCAGGCCACGAGCUGA